CUGUCAGCUCUGGGUUCUUUUUUCCUCGCAAGUUAGAAAAAUCGUAGCAAGCAGCCAUCUUAGCUCGUCCAGGUCACAGUCGUAAGAGCAGUGUGUGUCAAGUGCGUGCGAAAAAUUUUCAAUUCGUAUCCCGAAUCAGCCCCUUUGAACUGAAUCGCUAAAAAUGGCCCCAGCAGCAACCGGUACGCUCCCACUGAAGGCGGCUCCCUUCGAUCCGCGCUUCCCGAACGUUAACCAAACCAAGUACUGCUACCAAAGCUAUCUGGACUUUCACCGCUGCGAGAAGGUGAAGGGCAAGGGUGACAAGGUGUGCCAGUACUUUAAGCACGUGUACGGCGAUCUGUGCCCGAAUGCUUGGAUUGAAAAGUGGGACACCCAGCGCGGGGAGGGACUCUUCGCUGGCAGAAUCUAAGACCGCGACGACGACGAUGCCGACGGCGACGAUGCGCACUGCUUAGAGACGUCACCGCUUUCCAUUCCGCGGCGUCACGUUGCAGUCAUGUUGUUGUUCUUAUUCAGUUAUAAAUCCCCUAAUUGGCUUGAAUCAAAAUUUACGAAAACUUAUGAUUGUGAACUCGAUUGGGCAUUCGGUUGAAAACAAAAUUCGCUAGGUCUAGUAGGAUUAGUUCUGUGUUGUCGAGAAACAAACACGAUGUUUGAGAUUUGUAGUUUCACCCCGUAAAGAGGUUACACUAUGAAGCAAACACACUUUCGAGCAAAGAAAUAAACGGAUGACUGGUUCAGAAAAUAGUUGA